CGUAGCCCGCUGCAGAUGCCCUGCCCACUGGAGGGAGGGCGGCGGGCUGUCAUUCACGUGACGUCACUUGAGCUGCGGGCGGGAGGGGAGAGCAGGCUCCCGAGCGGCGCGGCGGGGCGGCCAUCCUCAUUGACGGUGUCUUUAACGCGGUGGCUUCCCGCGGGCAGACGCCGCUGCCCUCAGAGAGGAAUGAGCGGGCACGCAGAGGUUAAAGUGAAAAUACCUUUUGGAAACAAAUAUCUGGAUGCUAUUUUUUCUGUGCCAAAGAAGAAAUUAACGCAUGGAGUGAUUCUUACCCAUGGAGCUGGAGGAGAUAUGAAUUUCCCUCAGUUAGUUUCUUUGGCAGCCUAUCUCGCAUCCCAUGGAGUUUUGUGCCUGCGGUUUACUUGUAAAGGCCUUAACAUUGCUUAUAGGGCUAAAGCAUACAGAACAGUUGUGGAAUACUUAAAGCUUUCUGAUGAUUAUAAACUUUCAGGUGUCUUCCUUGCAGGCCGUUCCAUGGGCUCACGAGCUGCUGCCUCAGUGAUACGUCAGCUUAGCCAGGAUGGUGAUGAUGACUUCAUUCAAGGCUUAGUAUGCUUAUCUUACCCAUUGCAUCGACCAAAACUUCAGUCCAAACUCCGGAAUGAGGAUUUAUUAUUUAUCAGGUGUCCAGUGCUAUUUGUCUCAGGAUCAGCAGAUGAGAUGUGUGAAAAACAAUUGUUAGAAGAUGUGGCGAGCAAAAUGAAAGCUUCUAAAAAAAUCCAUUGGAUUGAUAAAGCAAACCAUGGGAUGGCAGUCAAAGGACGAACAACAGAUGAUAUCAUGGAAGAAAUAAACACACAGGUUUUUUCUUGGCUCAGAGAAAACAUUGAACUGGAGCACAAAUGAUUAUCGAUUGUUAAGUAAUACCUUAGGUUAACAUUUCAUAAAUAUAGCAGAUUAGAGGUUGUUAUUUCUGAUAGACAGGUUUUUUAAAACAAAUAUUUUCAGAGUAGUCUAAGGGUAAAUACAAGUAUAACUUUGUAUGAAUGUAAAAAUUGUGUAAAACAAUAAAGAACUGUUCUUAAAGGAAGGACACAAGGUACCAAAUAUUCAGUAUUGGGGCAGUGUUCUCUUCUAUAGUUCCAUGAAAAUGCCUGUAUACAUUUAUUGAUGUGCAUUACCAAAUAAAUAUUUUUUGACUAAUAUUCAAAGUAA